CUUAAGACUUUGAUAAUUGUUAGUAAAUCCACCCUCUCCGGUCUUGUGCUUAUUUUCAUUUUCUUUCUUUAGAUAGCCGAUCGUAGUUAGUCUGUGUUGAGUUCAAACCAUGGAGUUUGAUAUCCAAAUAGUCUCAAAAGAAACCAUCAAACCGUCGUCUCCAACCCCGUCCCUCCUCCGCCAGUACGAACUCUCAUUUCUCGAUCAAAUCCAGCCCCCAAUUUUCAUGCCACUCGUUAUGUUCUACCCCAGAUCACAAAACAAUGGAGACCCAUGUGAGAAUUUGAAGAAAUCUCUAUCCCAAACUUUAAGCAUUUUUUACCCAUUAGCAGGACGAAUCAAGGACAACACCUACAUUGACUGCAACGACGAAGGCGUUUAUUUCCUUGUAGCCAAAGCUAACUGCCACCUUUCUGAUAUUCUAGACCGUCGAGACCCCGGUAAUAACAAUAAACUCAUUUCACUUGAGUUCGACGCUGCUGAGAUUCCGGCCAUGGUACAACUCACCUUCUUCCAGUGCGGUGGACUAGGCGUUUUCUUCCGCAUGUCUCAUAGGCUCGGCGAUGCAUUGUCAUUCUUAAUGUUCAUCAAUUGCUGGGCCGCCAUAGCUCGUGGUGAUGACACCAAGGUAAUAACUCCUCGCUUUGAAUCUGCCAACAUAUUUCCCCCAAAAAAUAUAUCAGUCGGUUUUCCUCCAUUAACGUCGUUUGAGAAGAAUAUCAUGACGAAGAGGUUUGUGUUUGAUGGGGCUUCAGUGGCAUCUCUUAGGGAUAAAUACACUAAGAAUGGAGUACGCCCGAGCCGUGUAGAGGCCUUAUCCACCUUCAUAUGGAGCCGCUUCAUGGCUACAAUGCAAGCAAGGUCUGAUCCAGUGAGACUUUAUAAUGUGAUUAAUGUUGUGAACUUACGUCCACGGAUGGACCCACCGUUGUCCGACUACUACUUUGGAAAUAUUAGCCAAAUGGUGGGAACAGAACCAGAGCCAUUUCCAGACAGGGAGGACGGAUUCGACAAUAUUGGGAACAAGGUGAGAGACGCAAUAAAGAAAGUGAAUGCGGAGUCAGUGAAGAAGCUUCAAGAACAUGGAAUUGGAGGACCUCCAAGUGUCAUAAUGGAAGGAGAUGUGGUGAGUUUGGCCUUCACUAGUUUGUGCAGGUUUCCAUUUUAUGAGGCUGAUUUUGGGUGGGGAAAGCCAGAGUGGGUUGGGUCCGUAAGCCUGAUUAAAGAGAACGUGGUUGUUUUCUUUGACACCAAAAGUGGAGAUGGAAUAGAGGCAUGGAUCAACUUGGAGGAGGAAGACAUGGUUAAGUUUGAAAAUGACAAGGAGAUCCUUUCAUACGUUUGAUGUAAUUUUUCACCUUCCUGCUUGUCUUUAAUCUACUUGUUUUGAUUUCUUUUAUUUGUCCAAUCCUUAAUUUUCAGCAAUGUUUUCUUGUGAUUCAAUAGGCUGCUGAUAGGUGCACACCCCAAACCGGCACUUUUCAUUAUACACUAGUUAUAAAAUUGAUAUUGCAUG